AUGGAAGGUGGCCACUCCAUGAGGUACUUCAGUGGCGAUGACGGGGAUCAUCGCGAGUACCGCCGCUGGAAACAGUGGGUGCAGAGCAAGAUGCUUACGAUGGAUAAGCUGAGCAAGGAGGCUCGCGGUGCCUUCGUCUUCACUCUGUUGCAGGGUCGAGCUUUGGAGGUAGUGGAACACCUCAAGGCUGAGGACUACCAGAAGGAGGGCGGCGACCAAGUCUUGUUCGGACUUCUGGACAAGAGAUGGCCGCAGAAGGACCGAGCAGACGAGCUCGGCGAGCACGUGUCGGAAGUUUUUCUUCUUUCUGCGAAGGAUGGAGAAUCCAUCCGAGCGUGGAGCGCUCGUGCUCAAGAGGUCUUCGACAGGUGCAAGCGGAAGACCGAGGUGAGCUUCCCGGAGGAAGCGCGAGGAUGGAUCACCCUCCACCGGAGUGGUCUGUCGGAGGAACAGCGAGCUGUGGUGAUGGCUCGCUGCAGUGGGUCCUUGAAGUUUGAUGAUGUCGCCCAAGCGAUGCGGUCCUGCUAUCCGGAAUACAUUGUGCCGAAGCGGCGAGUGAACGCCGCCCACUACUUGGAAGACGAGGGCGAGGCCUGGUACCAGGAUGGCUACAACCAGGCUGACUAUGGCGAGCCCGAGCACAAUCAGGAUGAGCCGGAGGUGGCGUUUGGUGAUGUGGAGUUGUUUUUGGCGGAACAUGAUCUCUACGAGGCUCCGGAUGAGCUGGAGAUUUUUCCUGAAAAGGAGGUUGCGGAAGUGCUGGCUGCGACCUGGAAGGAGAAGCGAGCGGAGCUCGCCAAGCUCCAGAAGAGCCGGCGAUUCUCACAGAUGAAGGACGUCAAGCGCUCGUUUCGUGUCGAGGUCGAGGAACUGAAGAAGAAGACGCAGUGCCACAGGUGCGGCCGCACCGGGCACUGGGCAAGAGAGUGCCGGAUGCCCAAGACCACUGCGGCUUCAGGUGCCGGAGCGGCAUCGUCGUCGGCCUCUGGCCCAUCGGGCGCUGGACUGGUUCAGAUGGACCGCCCGGACUUUAUCUGCGUGGUGACUACGGCCACCCCGGAUGGUGAUGGCCGGCCGUCCAUGCUGGAGCGGAUCCGGGAGCGGAUGGAUGGAUACAGUGAUGCGCUGUGUCUGAUUUCCUCGCCUGGCUAUGCGGUGCUGGACUCUGGGUGUGGAAGGAGCGUGAUCGGUGUUGAGACAUUGGCUCAGUUCCAGAGCCUGUGGCGACAGGCCGGCAUCCGGCCCGCGACUGAGGUGUCGGAGCAGAACAGCUUCCGAUUUGGCAACGGGCACCUCGAGGUGUCCAACCGAGUUGUGGAGAUGCCACUGUACCUGGCAGGCAAGCAAGGCUUCGUGCGUGCAGCUGUGAUCAAGGGGAAAGCUCCCCUGUUGCUAUCCAGGCCUGCCUUGAAGAAGCUCCAGGCCCAGGUCGACUUCGCCCGUGACGAGAUGGUCCUGUUCCAGGAGGGCUUGCGGAUCCCGCUGAAGGUCAAUGAGGCCGGGCAGUAUGUGAUUCCGGUGCUGGACAAGGAGCCGGAGCAGCCCGCCGUGAUCUUGCCUCCUGAGGACCCUGUGCCUCGUGAUGUUCCAUCGAGCCGCUCGGUCUUGAUAGCCGAAGAAGUUCAGGACUUUUGGGAAACCCAAGGGUCGCAGGUGGUUCGUGUUCACCGAAGUGCUCGCAACAGUUUGUUUCAACCUGAUGAAGCACCAGAUUGCCCUGUACCCCUAGAACAGUUGAAUCCGCAGAGAGUGACCCAGGGAAACUGCGCAGAUGGUAGCCCCAUUAGCUUUCAAGAUGACUGGAAGAAGGCACCUUUGCAAGGGUGUCUCCCGCCCUGGACUGGGCGCACUGUGUUUGAGGUGUGCCGGCCGCCCACGGUGCCGGCAGAGCAGCCAGUGGCCCUAAGCCAAUGGUCCCGGCGCCAGCAGCGCCAGCUUCGGAAUCUGAUUCGGAAUGAGCCCGUGCCCCCAGUACCUACGAAAAGCCGGAUGCACAUAGUUGAGCUGUUUAGCCCUCCUAGGAUCGCUGGAAUAGCCGUGACUAAGGGGUUUAAUUGCUUGACUGCUGAUCGUGCCACGGGCUGGGAUUUCCGUUGCACUGCCGACCGGCAGAAGCUGCUCGACCUUGUGCGUGAACAUCGGCCGGACCUCUUGGUGAUCGGUACCCCGUGUACUUGGGUAGGUGGUUGGUAUGACUUAGAUAGUCCCCACCUUAGCGCACCCCAGAAGGCCGAGAGGGAUAGAUGGUUGAAGCUUAUGCUAGGGUUUGCGGCCGAUGUGGCGCAGAUACAGCUUGCAGCUGGCGGUCACCUUGUUUUCGAGCAGAUGGCAGCGCCUAUGUUCUGGCAAACACCGAAAUUAGCUAAACUGCGCAAUGAUAUGUUCUCCAUCAGCGUUCCCUUGUGUUCGUAUGGGAUGACUACCCCGGAUGGUGUGCCUCUGCAGAAGGACCUCCGCCUGCUGGUGUCACAUGCACACAUGCGCUCCUUGCGUCGCGCUUGCCAGGGUCAUGAUAAGCAUUGUUGCCCAGCUGGCCCUCAUACCUCGCUAGCAAAGUAUGCCAUGCAAUAUCCACCUAGCUUGGUUCGAGCCCUGUUGCGAAUGGUUAAACCCUUGGCCCGCACAGAAGCGCUCCUGGUUCAGGCACAGCCUGACAAGGAAUGUCUUGUUGCAGCGCGUGUGCAGGAAUUGAACGAGCAGAAGCGUGAGCAAAUGAUGAAGUCGCUGUUGCGUUUGCAUGUGAACUUGGGGCACCCGUCGUGCUCUAAUCUUGCAAGGGUGCUCAAGCAUGGUGGCGCAAGCCAAACGGCAAUCGAUCUGGCCCGAGAGGUUGUGUGCGAUGUGUGCCGAGCACAGAAACCGCCAGUGCCUCCUCCCCCGGCUCAAACGAACCGGGCAACACAUUUCAAUCAACGUGUCGGCUUGGAUGUCAAGUAUCUCCCAGGAUGGCAACCUAACCAGAAAAUCCCAUGCUUGAACAUCGUGGACUUCGCGAGCAGUUAUCAGAUAAUGGUUCCUUUAGAGGGACGAGCCACCGGAGAAUCGCUUAGACAAGCAUUGCAAGAGCGGUGGAUCACAUGGGCUGGAGUUCCCGAAGAAAUCAUUGUUGAUCCUGAUCAAGCGAAUCUUAGUGCUGCCCUGACCGUGCCGCAAGAGCUGGCCGGGACACAUGUGUCUUCGACCGCUGCCGAAGCCCAUUGGCAGCUGGGGAAAGUUGAGGUGCAUGGUGGGUGGUUUAGCCGGGUUCUUGAGAAGGUUCUGGCCGAAGCCAUGCCACAUGAUCGGGGCACAUGGCUUGAGUGUGUCUUCGCUGCCCAUUGCAAGAAUGAGUUGAUUCAAGUCUAUGGUAUGACCCCUGCCCAAUAUGUGUUUGGACGCAACCCUCGUGUGCCAACAGAUUUGUUGGAUGAGCCAUUGCAGGUGAUUCCGGCGACCGCGUCGCUUCAUGAAGAGAGCCUGGCCCGUCGCGUGGCCGUGCGACAGGCAGCCCGCAAAGCUGUCAUAGAACUCCAGGAUGAUAAGGCUCUUAGGCUUGGGUUGCAGGCUCGUACCCGCACGGUGAAGGCUUAUGCCCCAGGUGCCAGAAUCGCUUAUUGGCGUACACAGAAGUCUCAUGAAGGUGUGAUUGAACGUGGUGGCCGUUGGUAUGGCCCCGCAAUCGUGUUGGGUUAUGUCGGUCGAAACCUGGUGGUGAUACACAAGAAGCAGAUCUUCCGAUGUGCACCUGAACAGGUGCGUCCCUCCACGACGGAGGAAGAAGCGAUUGUCGAUACACCAGGCAUGGAACUCUUGGGGAUUAAGCAGAUGUUGGAAUCCGGCCGUUUGUCUUCCAAACAGUAUGUAGAUCUGUUGCCUGACGGACAGCCGCCCGUAGCUUCUGAAGAGACAAGAGCAGCCCCAGCGCCUCAGGUGGCGCCAGCUGAGGCACCAGCCUCACCGGCUGCUGCAGAAGCCGCCAUGCCAGACACGCCUCAGCAGGCGUUUCGAGAGCAUCCCGAGGCCCGUGCCGAUGCUCCGGGAAGCGCUUCUGCCGUCCCGUAUCCUAGUGUCCCUAAUCCUGAACCCCAGACCUCUGAGUAUGGUCCUGUGCGAACUCGAGUUCGAGGAAAGUCGUCUGUAGAAACCCUUCUUCGGCCCCAGGCGAUGUUGCAGGAUGAUUUCGCGGACAUGAUGCAAGAGGUGGUUCCCAGGUUGAUGACUCAGGCACUUCAGCAGGUUGAGAGUAGUGGUAGUGCAAGCUCUGCCCAAUCCUCUGGGGAUGUCACCGCUCCGCAUGCUCGAGGUCACAAGCGUGAAGCUUCAGCCGAGCCUGCUGGCCCUAGUGGCAAGCGUGCUGCUAGUGAGUUGGUGGCCGCAGGGCUGGAGGAUGUGAACUUAGAAGAGCAGCUGUUGUGUGAGUGGCAAGCAGCAGAGUCUACUACGGCGGAAGUGCUAGUCGCUGCGCAUGUAAACAAGCGUAGUGCUAAAGAAAUUCCGGCCACGAACAAUCCUCCAGAACUUCAGAUGCAAGUAGACGAAGCAAAGCUGACAGAGUGGAAUACUUUGCUAGGGCGUUCCGCUACUCGUUUGGUCCUUGGGCAAGAAGCGCGGGAAGUCAAGGAGAAGUUUCAGGAUCGUAUCAUGGGUAGCAGGUACGUUGUUACUUGGAAGGAGGAAGAGGAUCAACCGGUGCGAGUGAAGGCCCGUUGGUGCCUCCAAGGGCAUUUGGAUCCGGAUCUGCAGGCGAAAGCCCUUGCAGGUGACCUUCAGAGUCCCACCCUGUCGCAGUUGGGACGUGCCCUGCUUUUCCAGACGAUUGCCUCUAAGAAGUGGGUCCUCAUGCUAGGAGAUGUCAAGGGGGCGUUCCUGUCGUCAGGGGCUAUGCCUGAGCGCUAUCGGCCGUUGUACGCUCGUCUGCCUGCGGGCGGAAUACCGGGUGUGCCCUCGGAUGCGCUUAUAGAAGUCCUAGGUCGGGUUUAUGGCCUGAAUGACUCCCCUAGUGCCUGGAGUAAGACCUUGAAUCAAGCCCUGUUGGAUGUUGGUUUUGAGAGAUCACGGCUAGAUCCUUGCUUGUAUUUCAUGCGUGAAGCUGGUCAACUCACUGGCGUGUUUGGAGUGCAUGUAGAUGACAAUGCCACCGGAGGUGAAGGACCUAAGUACCAGGCUGCGAUGGAAGCCUUGAAGAAACGCUUCGAGUUUCGCAAGUGGCGUCUCUACAAUGGCGACUUCUGUGGUGCAAAUUACAAUCAGGAUCGAGACACGGGUGAGAUUACCAUGUCCCAGGAAGCCUUUGUAACCAAGCUUAGGCCCCUAAGGUUUAGUCGCGCCCGCACCCUAGACAAAGAUGCUGAGCUCACCCCUGACGAGAUCAAGUGUUUCCGUGCAAUUAACGGUAGCUUGAAUUGGUUGGCAACCCAAUCGCGCCCCGAUUUAUCUACUCAGGUGUCGUUUGCACAACAGUCCUUUCCGAAACCGAAGGUGUCUGACGCUUUGGCUGCCAAUCAGGCAAUUCGCCGUGCCAAACAGCAUGCGUCAAUGCCUAUUGUGUACCGUUCCGUACCACUGGAACAGUUGACUGUGAUGGUGCAUUCGGAUGCUGCGUAUGCUAAUGGCCGAGAAGGGGCCACGCAAGCCGGCUAUCUCCUGAGUUUCACGGAGAAGAGCAUGCACGAUGCAUAUGUCACUGCCUGGACCCCAGCCUUCUGGCGUGGCUAUCGGUUACCCCGGGUUGUAAACUCCACCCUUAGUGCCGAAGCACAAGCAAUGGUCAUGGCCACCGGAAUGGCCGAAUGGGCCCUUCUCCUGCUCAGUGAGUGUCUUGACGGUCGCACCUUUCUGCAGUCCAUGUGGGAUACCGCAAGCAAGCGCCAAUCUCUAGUUGUCACCGAUUGCAAGAGUUUGUUUGAUCAUGUUCAGUCACAAUCAGCUCCCACAUUGGAUGACCGCCGUACUGCCCUAGAUAUCAUCAUUCUUCGAGAAAGUCUCAGCAAGACCCAAGGCUCCUUACGAUGGGUUCCAACAACUUUCAUGCUUGCAGAUUCCCUUACGAAGGAGAGCCCAGAGGCCUUUGACUUGCUGAGAGGAUGCCUCCGCCAAGGCUUCUAUCAGAUUUGCCCAGAGUCUGUGGUGCUACAGACCAGAGCUGACGAACAUGCAGCAUUGCCGUGCCACUUUCAGCCUGAUCGAGUGACUCCGUGUCACAACUUGCGUGCAAGUGUGUUUGUGCCUCGCUUCCGGCAAUCGGCCCUCGUGCGCACCAUGGCUAAUUCCAAGCCGGCGAUGAUUUCCGCAGCGCCCGGAAGUCCGGUGUCUCUGGCCGCCCAGCGAUGGGGAUGGUUGGAGCAAGGACUGCCUAAGGUGGAGCACGAUGAGUGCAAGCGCUUGAUGGUGAAGGCGAUCAUGGCCGGCGAGAGCGAGAAGAUCAUGGUCGAUGCCUUGGCCGAGUUCCGCGCCCUGCGAAGCCGUCUCCAGCUAAAUGGCGAGUGGAACCAAGUGCUCACCUUCUACGGCCGCGGACCGGGCCCCGAGACCCGCAAGCGUGCUGGAGAAAUCCAGUGCAGCCGCGCGAUGAUGGAACAGAGCAUGGAUGAGGAGCCGAGCGAGGGAUGGGCCAAGGUCAACUUGGACGACGAUGGUGUGGAGUCGGAGGACUUUGACGCGUUGUUCGCGUCGCCUCCGCCGUCGCCUUUCGACGAGGUUCCGGUGAAUGACAUGCCCGGCACCAACCGCAAGCAGAAGGCCGUGCCCAAGUCUACGACGGCAGGUCUUCCGCCGGACAUUACCAGCCUCUCCGAGUGGGGCCGCACCCUCAUCCAGUUCGGCAAGUACCGCAUGUCGAACAUGACCUACGAGGAGUUGGCGUUGUCGGACAACAAGGAUACGAAUUCCUACAAGGUUUGGGUGGUCAGCCACAUCGGCCAGACGACUGGCCAAUGCCAAGAUUUGGGACAGUUCCUCAAGGCUUAUACCGCCGCGGGCUACAGUCCCAAGCCCACCGUGAUCCCCGGAACCACGCAAGUGCGCAAGUUCAAGCAGAGCUCCUCUGCUUACCACCAGCUCUCGGUGUGGAAUCGAUUCACGAAUCCCGAUGCAGUGGACGAGGACUCAGCCGGGCUUCCACCCAUGAGCUCCUGCAGGCUCGCGCGCAAGAAAGGAGAAGCGAAAAAGGUUCUGGACGAUCGCAAGAGGCUUUGCCAGUGCGGCUUGGCCGACGGGGAAGAACUUCAGCUUCUGGCAGCUCCGGAUGCGAGAUCACGGGCGGCAGAGGCCCAAACUCCUUCGCGCGAAGGAGAGACGGACAUACCAGAAGUAGCCUCGGUCGAAGUGCUGCCAACCGUGCGACUCAACUUGUUGGUGGCGCAUGCACUGGGCGAGGUGAACAUUGAGGCUUGGUCCUCAGAGACCGUCCUUGCGAUCAAGCAGCGCGCCCACGCGCAGCUGGAAGUGUGGUGCCGGUUUGCGGAUGCCUGCAGUGAGGAAGGCGCCGCUUCCUCUCUGCCUACUCUGGCGCACAGCCGCCUCCAUGCAGCCGGGAGUGGUGAUGGCACGGUCCUGCCGCACCCACUCGAUGAGCGUGCGAGUCUGGCUAAGUGUGGGCUGCAGGACGGAGCAAAGCUGUUCCUGCGCGCCACCUGA